CUUCAUGAAAUCACAUAGUUAGAGCUUGACCGACCUACAAGUUUUGGUAAUACCUUGGAAGGAGGGGCGCCGAGCUCUUUCCUCAGAUGGAGACAGUAAACAGUCAAUAGUUCUCCCAAGAGAACAGUCAGAGAUAUUGCUUGGCACUCAAAAUAAACAGAUGACAAUUCCCCUCGAACUCACAAUAAUAGUUACGGCUCAACAGUCUAAGAACUUUUGCCAGCUAACUGCCAGCCCAGACAGAAGACAACAAAGACAAGAGCAAGAGCAUCUCAGGAAGUGGGCCCGUGCCAAAUCCAGGCCCCCAGAUUCUCCUCGUGGCCCGUCUUGGAGUGGAGAGCAUCACGUGAGGUCCCAGCCGAGACAGCCAAAGAGUGGACCUCUCUGGGACUCUGGGAUUCUCAGAUUCCGCAACACUCGGCGCCGUCGCGAUACCCACGUCAACCUCGAGCGCGCAUCAGCUGCUGCUCAAGAGACCACAUCACUCCAACCAUCGCGCAUUGUCCGCAUUCUACAUAAUUCAAGCGACAAACAAGUCUCCCUAGACAACCGCAACAACGCAACCAGCGUCGACGGGCCCCCCGCAAUAAAGAGCCACAAGCACCUUUGA